AUGGUCAAAUUUCUCAAUAGUACCCCAACAAUGCUGCAGGAGAUGCCGGAGUCUGAAGUAGUACCCGACGUCAUCAGCUACAACUCGGUCAUCAGCUCCUUGGAUUUAGAGCAGGGAAAGCAUCACCUGGCUUUGGCGCUUCUUGCUCAGAUGCCCCUUGCAAGCCUUGUCCCGGACCUCAUCAGUUACAACGCCACCAUCAGCGCCUGCGCUGGCAACGGAGACUGGCAGACGGCACUGGAGCUCCUGCGGGAAAUGCCCAUGGCCACCGUGGCGGCAGAUGUGAUUAGUUUCAAUGCCGCGAUAAGUGCCGUUGACAAAGGUGGCCCGUGGAAUGUUGCGCUGCACCUUGUUCAGGAGAUGACCGCAGCUGAACAUGCCAGAAAUGUGAUAAGCUUCAAUGCUUGCAUUGGUGCCUUCGACAAGGGAGGGCAGUGGCAGUUGGCCCUUGAUCUUCUCGCGCAGAUGUCAAGGGCACAGGUAGGAGCCGACGUAAUCACUUACGGUUCUGCAAUCAGCUGCUGUGAGAGCUGUGGGCACUGGCAAGUAGCGCUGCAGCUCCUUGCCGAGAUGCUGCAAGCGAGAGUCGACCCAAACAGCAUCUGCUUCAAUGCCGCCGUCAGUGCCUGUGAGAAGGCUUCGCAGUGGCAGCGGUCCCUUCAACUGCUCGCAGACAUGCGGGAUGGCAGGACAACACCAAACGUCAUCAGCUUCAGUGCCGCCAUCAGCGCGUGCGCGGCACUGGCUGCAUGGCAAUCGGCAUUGAGCCUUCUCUUUGCGAUGACGGUGUCAGAAGUUCUGGCCAAUGUCAUCAGUUUCACUGCGGCUGCCACCGUUUGCGAGAGAGGCGGCCAGUACCACAUGGCUCUGCCGCUUCUCUCCGGCAUGUCCGCAUUGGCCACAUCGCAGAUCAAAGUUCAACUUUGCUAA